AUGUUGGUGACGGUUUUGCGUGGGAAUGCUCAAGCCCAGGCUCUUGGCCUACAACUGAAAAAAUGUAUGCGGUUCAACCCAAACGCAACCGUGUGGGUUGCCAAGCAGAGGAUCCUGUGCACGCUGAACCAGAGUCUGAAGGAUGUGUUGAACUACGGCCUCUUCCAGCCCGCCAUGAACGGACGAGACGGGAAGUUCCUGGAUGAAGAACGCCUCCUCCUGGAAUACCCACAGCCAAUCAGCAAAGGAGUUCCAUCUCUGGAGUUCCGCUACAAGAACCGAGUCUACAGGCAGCCCCAUGUGGAAGAGAAGCAGAUUGCCAAGCUUCACACCAAGGCCAACUUGAGAAAGUUUAUGGACCUCAUCCAGCACCACCAGGUGGAGAAAGUAUCUAGGCUGCUGGAGAGAGGGCUGGACCCCAACUACCAGGAUACAGAGACUGGUGAGACCCCCCUGACAUUUGCGGCCCACCUGGAUAACGUGGUGGAGAUCAUAAAGAUUCUGAAGAAUGGAGGGGCCCACCUGGACUUCAGGGCCAAAGACGGCAUGACGGCCCUACACAAAGCUGCUAGGUCUAAGAACCAGGUUACUCUGACGACCCUGUUGGAGCUUGGUUUGUCUCCAGACUAUAAGGACAGCCGGGGUCUGACGGCGCUCUACCACACAGCCAUGGUGGGAGGAGACCCGUUGUGCUGUGAGUUGCUGCUACAUGAACACGCCACCGUCUGCUGCCAGGACGAAAACGGCUGGCACGAAGUCCACCAGGCUUGUCGGAAUGGCUUUGUCCAGCAUCUGGAGCAUCUGCUGUUCUACGGGGCGGACAUGAGCGCACAGAACGCAUCAGGGAACACAGCGCUGCACAUCUGUGCUCUCUACAACCAGGAUAACUGUGCCAGGGUGCUGCUGGUCCGUGGAGCCGACAAAGCGGUGAAGAACUACAACAGCCAGAGUCCCUUCCAGGUGGCAAUCAUCGCAGGGAACUUUGAACUGGCUGAACUGGUCAAGAACCACAAAGAGACAGAUAUAGUGCCUUUCCACGAGGUCCCGGAAUACUCCAAGCGGCGUCGGGCACUCCCCCCUACCAGCAGCAGCGGCAGCUCCCUGACGACCCCCCGGGUCCUGCUGCGCUCCAACAGUGACAACAACCUCACGCUGCUCCAGCAGAUGCAGGGGAACCCCAAUGGUACUGUGAGUACCAUGGGCCAGGGGUCCCGCAGUACCAGCGUGGGGGUGGUCCCCCGGAGUCAGUCCCCGUCCCUCAACCGGCUGGGAGAGGAGGCCCGCAGGCCGCACCCGCAGACACAUGUACAGACACAACAGACGCAGCACAGACAGCCCAGCCCCAGUGGUAAUGUGGAGGUGGUGGUGCAGCGGAGGAAGCUGUACAGUGCUGUGCCAGGGAGGCACUUUGUGGUGGUCCACGCCUACCGGCCACAGGCCGAGGGAGAGAUCCCCCUCUACAAGAACGACAGGGUCAAAGUUCUGAGCAUCGGAGAGGGGGGCUUCUGGGAAGGCAGUGCCCGGGGCCAGGUGGGCUGGUUUCCUGCGGAGUGCGUGGAGGAGAUUCCUGCCAAGCCCAGCGAGGAGAGGAUGCACACAAGAGCUGACCGCUCGGACAGGAGGAAACUCUUCCGACACUACACUGUGGGGUCCUACGAUAGCUUUGACGCCUCCAGCGACUGCGUGGUCGAGGAGAAGACGGUGGUCUUGACCAAGAAGGAGAAUGAAGGCUUCGGCUUCGUGCUGCGAGGGGCCAAAGCGGACACGCCCAUCGAGGAGUUUACUCCCACCCCUGCCUUCCCAGCCCUCCAAUACCUGGAGUCAGUGGAUGAGGGAGGAGUGGCCUGGCAGGCGGGGCUUAGGACCGGGGACUUCCUCAUUGAGGUCAACCAGGAGAAUGUGGUGAAGGUGGGCCACAGGCAGGUGGUCAACAUGAUCCGUCAUGCAGGGAACAGCCUCAUCAUCAAAGUGGUAACGGUCAGCAGGAAUAUGGACCCUGAGGACACCGCACGCAAAAAAGCCCCCCCACCGCCAAAGAGAGCCCCCACAACCGCCCUGUCUAUGCGCUCCAAGUCUAUGACCUCUGAACUGGAAGAACUAGCCACACUAAGGAAAAAGAAAGGUGAUAAAGUGGACGAGGUGCCACCUUCCCAGAAUGCCGUGGACACGAAGGUGGCCACCAUUAAGCCACGCCCCUCCAGCCGCUGUUUAAUCACGCCUACUGACAUGAAUUCCAUGUACGACCGCCAGGGGGGUGUGGCAGUGGUACCAUCCACCAUGCCAGGCAGUCCUAGAAGGGGAGCAUUCCUGGGCAUACUUGCCAAGGGUGGCACCAUGAGGAGACAGAAGUCCAUAGGUAUAACAGAAGAGGAGAAGACGCUCCUCACGCCUCCGCCACUCAAGUUCACCCGCAGCCUCUCCAUGCCCGACACGUCCGAGGACAUUCCCCCUCCUCCGGCCAUCUCCCCCCCGUCUCCCCCCUCCUCCUUCAACUCUCCAUCCGUCUCCACCACCCCACGGGGCUUAGGCACCAACCGACCGGGCCUCACCCUCAACUCUGCUGGAAAAUGUUCCAACAUCACUAUCCUUGGCAACCGCACAGUAGAUGUAGGGACGCUAAGGCGAGGUUAUCACCGCCAGAGCUCAGAACAGUACGAUAGUAGAAGUAGAGGACGGGCACCCGUGCCCGAGAACCCAUACUCAGAGGUGGGCAACAAGGCGCUGUACGUGCCUGCCAAGCCGGCGAGGAGGAAGGGCAUGCUGGUCAAGCAGCCCAAUGUGGAGGACAGCCCAGAGAAGACCUGUUGUGCCCUGCCCUCAGACGCAAUUUCCAUGCCGACCACACCAACUGAGAGGACCUUCUCAUCCAUUCCCAUCCCCACCAUCAUCGUCAAGGAGCCGUCCACCAGUAGCAGUGGAAAGAGCAGCCAGGGCAGCAGUAUUGAGAUCGAGCCCACCACGCCCGAACACCCACCCUUAACGCCCGAGGCAGGGGGCAGGGGACUGAGGCCUGAAGACCCCAUUGUCAACAACCCCUUCGCGGCUGCCAUCGCAGGGGCAGUGAGGGACCGGGAGAAGAGGCUGGAGGCGCGGAGGAACUCGCCCGGCUUCCUCUCCACCGACAUGGGGGAUGAGGACUUGGGAGACCAGGCCCCGUGCCUACUCCAGUCCAAGUCCAUCGACGAGGGGAUGUUCAGUAAUGAUGAGCACCUGCAGAGGAUAAUGGCUCCCCCGCCGGCCUCCACCCUGCUACGGUCACAAGAAGGGGGUGACCGUGGGGGUAACGUGACAGACUUCAACACCCCUGAGCCAACCCAGGUGGUGAGGGAGCCCCUGACCGCGCGUACCGGCCAGUACCCCAACCUGGACAGCCCCGUCAGUCUCCCGGCCACUCCACCAAAGACCUACAGCUCCAACGGAGGAAGGGACUACCUGCACCCCGUCACAGGUAAGGCCCUGGACCCUAACUCGCCCCUCGCCCUGGCACUGGCGGCCCGGGAAAGUGCCAUGAAGGAGCAGACACAAACAACCACAGCUCCACCCCCUUCUCAACCUCAACCGCUCCCCAAGAGCGAUGCCCCCCAGUCCCUCCCUCCCAACCCCCACAAACCUAGCCUCAAUCAGCCCCUCUUCAUCGAUACCAAACUCCGCUCCAACACCGAGGCAAGCUUCGCUACCUCCACGACAACUCUGGGGCGAGGCAGAGUGGUAGGCCUGAGGAGACAGAUGACGGAGCAGAAGUACGAGUCGGAUGGAGCGACGGAGGAGAGGCAGCAGGCGGAGCAGGAUGGGAAGAGCAUACAGAUCGACAUUGUGAACACGUCACAACCGCAGAAAGCUGCCGGGCUGCUGAUGGUGCACACCAAAAACAGCCCAGAGGAGGAAGACAGGGGGCAGGAGAAUACACCAGCCCAGGACAACAGCAUCCCCAGUGAACUGAGAGACCCCAACCAGCCAAAACCCCCCACCAACAGCCACAGUUCCAUGCCCCUGCCCCCUUUGCCACGGGGGAAGAGCAUCACGGCUGGGGGGUCGGUGGACGAGCCAAUCAAGCUGCCCUUCCGCAUGCCCCCUCCCCCACUGGCCUCGGUGGACAUCGAGGAGGUGGAGGAGUUUGUCUUCUCUGAGCCCUUGCCGCCACCGUUGGAGUUCGCCAACAGCAUCGACAUCCCUGAGGACCAGGCAACGGCCAUCGCUGAGUUGCUCAAGCAACGAGACCAAGAGAGACGCAACGGUAUGGGGGACAGGGGGCCAAAUCCACCCCCAUACUACACCCACGCCCCGUCCCCUGUCGGCCAGUUCCGACGGGGAAGCGGGAUGUCCAAUUGCGUGCCCCCACCCUCCUAUCCCCCUCCGCCCCCCAACGGUGGCUUUGAGCAAGGUGUCACUGACUCAGGCAUCGAGGAGGUAGACAGUCGCAGCAGUGGAGACCCCCGUAUUGAGACAACCAGCACAAUUUCCACAGUUUCCAGCAUCUCUAUACUGUCGUCGGAGGGCGGGUACAACAGCGCCCUGGAGAACACUUCUAUGGUCUAUACUGAUGGCCAGGCUUACCUCGAUGACCGACCCCCCGUUCCUCCCAAGCCCAAAAACAAGCCCAUCAUCAACAAGAACACUGCACUUUACCACGACGUCCUCAUGGAGGAAUCCCUGGACUCCUUCGGGGCGCCCCCUCCUGUCCCUCCUCCUCCACCCGGGUCCAUGUCCCCCCCGAAUCUUCCCAGGACUCCCACCCAUCGGUCGUCCAAGCUGUGGGGCGAGCCCCCGGAGCUCAGGAGCCCACCCACGUCCGACCCCAAGGCCACGGUUAUCAACGAGUUGAGCUCCAUCUUAUCACAGAUGUACCGGCCCAAACCGGGGGACUCCUUCGACUCACCCACCACAGGGGCCAGGGGCAGCUUUGGAACUAGCUCUCCAGCCUCAGGAAGCCAACGGAACUCCAGCGUGUCCUUCAGCCUGCCCGCCUCCUCCUGCACACCUCCUUCCAGCCUGCCCCCUCACCUCUGCAGCCCCCCGGACACCUCGUCCCUCUCCUCGCCCCCCUGCCCCUCCUCUUUACCCCACUCUGCCUCGCCCAGCCUCAGCGACCUCUUCGGCCUGCCCACCCCACCCAUGGGGAGUACGAGUGGCUUCGGCAGCAUGGGCGGUAGCCUUGGUGGAGGGUCCUCGUGCGGUGGCUCGCGCUCCCCCUCGCCACUGACCCUAAUGCAGGCCGUAGCCACCUCGGGCAAGCCCUUUGCCUCCAAGCCCGUGGAGCUGUGGAGCAAGCUGGACGUGGCCGACUGGCUGGACAGUCUGAAUUUGUCGGAGCAUAAAGACGCCUUCCUGGACAACGAGAUCGAGGGCGCCCACCUGCCCUCGCUGCAGAAAGAGGAUCUGAUUGACCUGGGGGUGACGCGGGUGGGCCACCGCAUGAACAUCGAGAGGGCCCUCAAAAUGCUGCAGGACAGAUAAAGCCAGGGGGUGUGGAUUUAUCUGAAACACUCUCUGUCCUACCUGUUCUCCUUUUCUGUCUGGGAUGAUUUAGGAAUCGGCCUCUGACUCCUCCCUUCCUGCCUUGACUCUGUGGCGUGUUUGUGUUUGAUCAUUCCCAUUCUGCUUCCCGAGUAUCAGGGGAUGUCGGAACCCUGAAGGAACUGCAUCAUCCAGAAUGGAGAAAAAGUGGGGAAAAUCCUGUAUCCUUUUAGGGAUGCUCUUGUCACCACACUUUGGAAUAUUCUUGAAACGUAGCCCUCAAACACUUUGAAAUACUGAUAGAUAUCCAACCUGGACAUGUUUGGAAUACUAAACACUACAACUCCCAAUUUGCUUUGGAAUACUCAAUACUUUUUCAAAGCUCCCACAGUGCGGGUGUUUGAAACCAGCUGAGCUGGUUGGCGCUCCUUUUCUAUCUUUGCUAGAGUAUCUUCAGAGAAUAUUUCUUCACUAGAGUCAAACCGUGGGUUAUGUUUAUGGAUGCAUCUGACGUUGUAGAGACAUUUGAAAAACAUUAGAAACGAGAACCUUUGCAGAAAUGUUUAGCUUAAUCCUAAACCAUAUCACUCGCUGCGAGCAAACACAAGCACACACACACACACACACACACACGGCGAUGGCCUUCUCCUGAGAGAAACAUAAUGAUGUGUUAGUCUUUUCUAAUGCAUGGCUGAAGGGGCUCUACUGUAGCAGGCACCACUGUCCCCUUCACAUCCCUGUUCACUGUUCAAGGUGUGUGUAUUUGCGUUUUGUCAAAGACAUGUUUGUGAGGUGUGUGUGCGCACGCUGUGGGAGGUUUGUUAAAUGGGGUUUUAGAAAGACAUGAGUGAGAGUGUAAGGCCUAGAUUCAAUCAAAUCAAGCGUUAAGCAGUGCUAGCCGACACCCGCAUAGCUGAUGUUUUGGCGGUGUCGGAGGUGUAACUGUGUUGGAGCUGUCAAAUCGGUGAUCAUUGUCACGAAGCCUCACCCAUUUAUUUUAAUGUCAGAAGUUCAAAAAGAGAAAGUGUAUGCUAUAUAGAAAUCAUAUAGCACACAAUAAUACGCUCAAAUUGAAAACCAUGAAACAAAAUAAUUGAGGAUUUCUUAUCAACCUAAUCAAGGUGUAGACUGCAUCUCACAUUCCGGUGUUCGAACUUGUAAACAGGGCUGCGUGGGAUUUAUGUUAAUGCGAUUCUGUGCAGCCAAUGGCAAUGUCUGUUUUAAGUAUAAUGCCAGGAGCCGCUUGUGGAUUUGACAGCUCUAACACAGUUCCACCUCCGACACUGCCAAAACAACCCUACGCUGGUGUUGGCUGGCGCAGAUCUGAUAUAAUCUAGCCCUAAGUGUUGGCGUCAUGUGUGUUUUCAUCGUCUUCCACACACUUGACAGUGACCCGGACAGGAGUGGAAUGCCAGACCCCUUAUUCCCUACCCCCGAAUCAACCAGCCUCCCUUCAGGCCUAUGACAGAAAUAAUCCACCUAUCACAACAACAAUUUUCCUGCCAUAAUAUCACGAUCUCUCUCCUCUCUAUUCAGCCAUCUUUAAUCAUGUCUAAUCACUGAGUGAUUCCUUUCACAGAUCAAACAUUGUUUUUAUAUUAAUACCAGUGUGUGCUGUUGUGUUAUAGGUGAAGGUUAAAAACAAUUUGUUGACAAUGAUUCUCGGCGAGUAUUUGAAGACAACCAUUUAAAGGAUGAGUGCAAAGUGGGUGUUACUUUGUGAUCUGUGUUGACUGUGUGCUUGUUUUUAGACAGCUAACUUAUACUGUGCAUUGCAGGGGCCAAGAAUACCAUAAAUAAUAUAAAUUCACUCAAAUCUGCUGCCCAGACAUUCACACUAUCACCGAAGAGGAUUUUUUUUUUUUUAAAUGUAAAGGAACAUUUACAAAGUUUGUGUAUAAUCAGUGUUUGCAUUGCCGAUGAAUCACAAAAUGUAUUUAUUGACAAGAAGAGGUGUUAGUCCAACCUGGUGUUUCUAGAGGGAAGAAAAGAGGUGUGACACAGCAGCACCAACUGAGCAGCUAUUAGAGGGGUAUGGUUUGAUCCAGCCAAUAGGCUUUCGAUUAUGCAUUUGGUCCCUGUUCAUUUGAGAAUGAGAGGGAGAGUCCUCCGUAACACUUUACUUAAGCCUGCAGGUAGAAGGCUUGCUUAUCAGAAGUUAUAAAGUAUUAUUACUACAGGCUUCAAGUAAAGUGUUACAGAGUCCUUUUCUCAACACCAGGGAUGUGUUGAGAAAAGUAGAACAAGAUUAUCUUCCAAUCAAAAGCUCCCAUCUGACCGCCAAUCAAUUGUCUCCAUCCUUUUUCAUGAAACACCGUUAUGUCAAUGUACCCAGGAAGUGUUUGGUGGCAUUGAUUUGAAGUAAAUUGAAUAUAUUUCUUGUUUUGAAUGUGUAUAAAGGAAUGAUUUAAAGAAAAGAGUACAUCUACAGAAUAAUUAGAUGUAUAAUAUUUCUAAAAGGUUCAGAGAGAAUGUCCUAUGAAAGACUAUGGCCAUCCACCCUCAGAACGUAUUUUCUUAUUUCCACUCAAUCCCUGUUUUGUGUUUGGAUAGUGCCUCAAAUAGCUCAUUAUUCUCUACAUAGUGCCCCAUUUCUGGCCUCUCUGCCUCUGAACUAGAUUAGAACUACCCCAGAAUGGACUGCAAAGAGAAGUGUGGAAGCCAUGUAUGCCACUGUAUCCCCAUGACCUAUAAAUUAGAACAUAUCACUACAAAGUGAACCGUAUUUUGGUGGUCAUUCGAGGACAUAUCCCAUGAUUCGAUCAGUUCACAGUGAUGUUCUAUGAACAUAACCAUGAUCGUUUGGAUUGUGUGCAAUUUAGGGUCUCCUGUAGGGCAACAACAACAAAAAGAAGCUACCUUGGUGAGAUUCCUUCUUCUGUCUCCCGGUCCCUGUGUGCAACUGUAUGGUAAUGAAGGGAAGACAAAAGGAAUGGGGGGAAACAAGGGAAUACCAGGCCGACAGAACGACUUGCAGGAGUUAUAACACUGCUAUAAUCCAUUCAUUAUUUUAAAAAGAAUCAAAGAAGUGACAUAGAAAAAAAAGCACAGUAUUUUUUAUGAUUUAUAUAGAAUUCUAUGGAAUUUUAUAAAAAGACAUUUGGAGAAAAAUAUUCAACUCUGAAGUGUGGUUUGCCAAAAAGUGAAGAAGAAAACAGCUAUAUUAUAUAUAAAUAUAUAUUAAUAGAAAUUAAUAUCAGAUUUAUGAGGAAACUAAGAAGCAAUAUUUAUACUGAAUGGAUAUCCUUGGUUGUGGUUUUUUCCCAGUUUUAAGAUGAACUAUCGUUAUGUAUUAUCACCUGUUGAUAUUAUGAACACUGAUAGAUAAAGUGGACAGAAGACAUUUGUCCAAUCAAAAUAUAUUUUAUAUACUAUCCUCUGGCCAUCACCUGCCUAUCUUGAAUAUUGUAAUUUUUGACAAUUCCAAAUCGCUUAGUCUGUAUAAAAUGUGUGUAUAAAUGACUGAAAAGCUUUACAUUUAUACAUAUCCUCACAGUCCACUGGAUUGAAAAUUGUCCUGAUGACACUUUUAUGCUCAACAUAUAUUGAACUGUACAAAAAAAGAUUAGUUGUGACUGUUGAUUUCAUGGAGAGAAAAAAAAAACAUAUCACUAAGCUAAUUUAUAUGUGGAAUAGUAGUAGUAUUAAGAUGCUAUACAAAUCAUCACUGUGUGACUAUAAGGCUAUGCUACAUAAGGACUGGCAUGGCUCACUAUCCCCCCUACCAUCACAACACAGUCCUUCACUUACCCGUCGGCAACUAUUUGAAUACUUUUCCUAUUUUCUCUUCUUCUUUUUUUCUAUUCUCUUCUUUUUUUUCAUUCUACAUAAAUACCAAGACGUUUCCGUCUCUUUUGUGUAUAUUUGUGUUCAUAUUCUCUAUGUUGUAAUUCCUCAUGCGUAGAGUCGACUAUCGAAUUAUCAAAAAUGAAAAAGAAAGAGAAGUUCCUUGUAACUGCACUCUUCCUUCCCCCAAAAUCCUCAAUACUUCUUGUAUGGCAACCAAAAGUUACUGUAAGAAAUAAAUAUAAUAUUGCACUAUG